ACUUUUUACGAUUUUCAAGUGUAAAUUUAAUGCUUAUAUGUAGUCAUAAAGGCUAUAUAUAACAUUUUCCAAUAAGCACUUAAAACUCUUUAAAAAAAAAAAAAAACCGUAAAAAAAAAAAAAAAAAACAUUUAAAGCAGGGCUUUUGUAAGACUUCCUCGUCUACUUCACUAAGGUACCAACACAAUGAACCUUAUUCACCAUUAAUGUAGCUCUUCAAUUUUCCCCCAUUUUUAUCAAUCAACUUAUCUAUUUAAUAGUAGAAAUAACAUAUUUCAGAUGCAAUCCUUAAUUAGGACAGUUCGAUCACGAUGCAGAGUAACCUCGGAUUUUCUCUCCUCCAUUUUGGGAGGGAAACUUGGUCAUGAAUGUGCUUCAAGACAUGGAUACAUUGCACCUUCGUUAGCUUGCUUCAGUGGAAGUGCAAAGUUUGGUGCUUUUCAUGAGGCUGUUUUUUCUCAGGGUUUUCUUCACCAGAGCUUUUCUACUGCUGGCACUCCUGCAGCAUCAAUUACACAGGAUACUACACCUGCAGAAACUGAUGUGCCUACUCGCAUAAAAUUCAAGAGGCUUGACAAAACAGCUAGGCACAUUAUGCAGAUUCUGGAUAAAGAAGCAGUUGAAGAGGUAAGGGGACAGAGAGAAAUUCCUGAUGUUAAGCCAGGGUAUAUUAUCCAGCUCAAAUUGGAAGUUCCUGAGAACAAACGGCGUAUUACUACAAUAAAAGGCAUUGUUAUAGCAAGACGGAAUGCAGGAUUAAACUCAACCUUUAGAAUACGAAGAUUAGUUGCUGGAGUUGGGGUCGAGAGUCUUCUUCCAAUGUACUCACCUAACAUAAAGGAGAUUAAAGUGCUGGAUAAGAAGAAAGUGAGGAGAGCCAAGUUAUACUACCUUAGGGAAAAGAUGAACCCUCUAAAGAAAUAGGGACGAACUUUGUUUCAAUUGUAUUGAGAUCAUAUGAUUUGCCACCUAAGAAAAACCAGGGUUCAUCACAAAGAUCUGCAAACGCUUUGUAUGUGAAAUCAAUGGUGACUGUGCUGUGGCAUCUUUAGAAUGGCAGUAUCAGAUAAUUUUUGGGAACAUUUCCCAAAACCCCUUUAUAUUUUUGCAUAAUUUCUGGGGUGUAAAGAGUGCAAUCUUAUAUUGAGGUUUAUCAAUGUGGUUAGUGAAUCUGAUCGUCGGAUGUUGACAAUGUUUUGCUGUAUGGCGUUUAUUAAGCUGCCAGAGUAAUAAAACCUUUUGCUGCCUCCUCUUGAUUUCA